AUGGGUUACGGAACUCUUGACUCGGUCCUUUCUUUUGAAAGGUCUAAUGUUCCACCAAGUGGAAGUUUAAUCCUCAUAACCGACACUCUCUCCUCAGAUGGAAACUUUCUUAUCCAUCAUUUCAUAGCAAAUCACUUAAAGGCAAAUCGACAUGUAGUGCUUGUUGGGUUCAAUCAAUUGCUUAGUCAUUAUCAGGCUAUCGGGAAGAAGUUGGGUAUUGAUCUCUCUCAGGAGAAAUCGAAAAGUCUAUUUUCAUUUAUUGAUGGGUUGACGUCUUUCUACUGCCCGAAUGACACGAGCCAAUCUGCAAGUUCUAUUUCACAAUCGUCAUCGCCAUUCGAAGACAAUUUGAGAAAGUUCUAUGUGAUGGUAAAAAAAGUCGUGGCUGAGCAUCCUGUUGAGUCUGCUGUGUCAUUGGUGAUCGAUGAUCUAUCUACGCUGCUAUUUGCGGGAAUACAGGUUGAGGCAGUGCUGAGAUUUGUCAAGAACUGUCGGUUAUUAAUCGAGAAGUCCGAAUAUAUCCUAUCAACUAGAGGAUUGUCGUCUGGAUACUCUAGGGAUGUGUCGGGAGAUAUUACCAUAGCAAGGGGUCCCCGAAAUAACGACACAUCCUACAGAACAGCAUCUUGGCAUUAUAAGACGGUGGAUAAUAAUGUACAGUUUUUCGCUAAGGGGCAUUCAGCAGGAAUCUGA